AGUCCCGACGCGAGAGCCGCGGGGUCGGUUGCGCUGCGCGUUGCGAGCGGUUGCGCCGCGCUCUCUCCCUUGGUAACCGGAGUUGCGGGAGGCGGGGACUGUCCGCCGCUGCCAGCAGCCCCGGGGCCCCUGCCCGGCUCCAGCCUCCCUCCCUGCCGGCCGCCGAGAGCGCGAGUCCCGCCGCGGGGAGCGGAGCCAGCGCGGGGCGGCGGCGGCUCCAUCAUGUCGACGGGCGGCGACUUCGGCAACCCGCUGCGGAAAUUCAAGCUGGUUUUCCUGGGCGAGCAGAGCGUGGGGAAGACCUCCUUGAUCACCAGGUUCAUGUAUGACAGCUUUGACAACACCUAUCAGGCAACAAUUGGCAUUGACUUUUUAUCGAAAACCAUGUACCUGGAGGAUCGAACAGUACGGUUGCAAUUAUGGGACACAGCAGGUCAAGAGCGGUUCAGGAGCUUGAUUCCUAGCUACAUUCGUGACUCCACUGUUGCAGUUGUUGUUUAUGAUAUCACAAAUGUAAACUCAUUCCAGCAAACCACAAAAUGGAUUGAUGAUGUCAGAACGGAAAGGGGCAGUGAUGUCAUCAUUAUGCUAGUGGGAAAUAAAACAGAUCUAGCAGAUAAGAGGCAAGUGUCCAUUGAGGAGGGAGAGAGGAAAGCCAAAGAGCUGAAUGUAAUGUUCAUUGAAACUAGUGCGAAAGCAGGAUACAAUGUAAAACAGCUUUUCCGACGCGUGGCAGCUGCCUUGCCUGGAAUGGAGAGCACACAGGACAAAAGCAGAGAAGACAUGAUUGACAUAAAACUGGAAAAGCCUCAAGAGCAGCCGGUCAGUGAAGGAGGUUGUUCCUGCUAAUACCAUGUUGCUUCUCUUACAUUUCUCCAGAACAUCACUGCUUCCCCUCCCUUUACUCUUCAUUGACUGCUGUGUGAAUAUUGGCUUGAACCGUCCCCUUUCAGUAAUAACGUAUUGCAAUUCAUCGUUGCUGGCUGUCUCGUGGAGAUGAUCUCUUAGCUUCACAAGCACACACACAAGAGAAUGUCAGUGUCUUCAUUAUUUAUAAGAAAAAAAAUAAAGCCAAAAUAUUCCAGCAUAUUCCAGUUAUAACUUUAAAAAGAUAGGUACAAUUUCUUAAUAUUGGUUCCUUUUUAAUGUUAUGAUAUUGCACUUUGAAAUGAUGGAAAUUGAGUAAAUUUUGAGUUGGACUUGAAGAGGUAUGUGCAGAAUAACACUUAUAUCUUACCCACUUGAUUUUGCUAUCAAACUGGAAAUGACUAGACAGCAAUCAAAAGAAAGGUAGAGUUGGCGUAUCCUUUAGGGUUAGAUGCUACCCUUUAUAUAAAAUAAACAAAAAAGCUAUAAUCAUCCUCUACGCUGAGAUGCUCUGAAUCUUUUUUUCAAGUCCCAAACAUUUUGGAAACCUGAAACUUUAGCAGGGUUUUGAUGCUGAAAAAGGCUACUGAAUCUUAGUCUUCGCAGAGUCAAUAUGAACAAAUUUCCAAGAAAGCAGACCCAGAAAUAUUACAUGUCUUUCUGAUAUCGAUAGAUGGCUUUUUUGGGCAGGGACACGUGCUAACGAAACACUUUUGCUGGAGACAAGUAAACAAAUGUCUUGGAUAGACAAUUAGUUUUAAAAGCAUUUUUUUUCUUUUAUGUAGAACUCCAAUAAAGUAAAUUAUUACUCGAGAGAGUGAAACGUGACAUUUUGGCUAUUGGGGAGAAAAGCAAUUUUUUAAAAAGAGGGAAGUUUUAAACAAAGUUCAGCAUCAGCACUAAAAACAAUUUGGUCAGUGGAUUGGCACGUCCAAAUCUAGUAGAAAGACAAAACAGCAUUUGAUGGAACAAGUAGAAAUGUUACAAUAAUUUACAGUUAAUAUGGGUUGGAUGGAUUGAGGAUCAGCUCAUGGGUUUCCUUAUCAUGGUCCUAAGUAAAUUGAGGAGGGGGGGAUAUUUACUUGUGAUUCUAUAGAAGUAGAUUUGAAAGACCCUAGGUGAAAAAGAAGGGAAUUUUAAUAGGAUGAAAAGAAACUUAUGAUUAUGCAGACGUAUGCCUUUAAUUUUUAGCAUUUUUUAUGUUGGGUCUUCCAAGUUGGUUUAGUUUUUUCAUUAGAUCUGUAUAGUUUGGUUAAAUAGCUAGUAAUUUAGUUUUAUAUUUAACUAAGCCACAGUUAACCAUUUUUCUUUUAUAUUUAUUUCUCAGCUUAAUUUUUUUUACUAUUUUCAGUAUUUUUUGUUUUGCUGAGGAAUCUGUAGAGCUUUGCCGGUGUUGCAAGAUGUAGCUAUCCAAGAAACACACAGAAACCAAUACACUAGAUGCGCACCCUCGUAAUCUUUACUAGUCCUUGUGAAAUUGCUGUGUCAGUUAAUAAACACAAUUGUAAAUACAUUGUUUCCAGGAAGAGUAUUGCUGAGUUACAGUGCAGGAAAAAAAUGCCUUACAAGCACUACUUAAUUGACAAAGUCUAAAGAUGGAAUUGAAAACACUCAAACACCUCCCUCCUUCCCUUCUGCCCUUCCCCCACUGAAAAUAACCAACCUGGGGGGAAUAGCCCCCCUCCCCCACCUCUGUCACCUGGCAAUAUGCAGAGAAAGUGUGGAAUUCUGCAUUCUGGAGUUGAAUGUCAAAUCAAUACCUGCCCUGGUUUUCUAAUAACUCUGCAUACCAAUAACUUAACAUGAAAGGCAAAAAUGAGAUGUAAAGUGCUUUUACAAUGCAAUAUUAAAGGCGAUUUUUUUUUGACAUGGCAUGUCUUGAAAUAAACAGUGAAAUAUGACGAAGGAUCAUAUUCUUUAUUUCAAAGAAGCUGAUGUGGGGCGGAAAACCUGGCUACUUUUCCUGUAUUGUAGUCUCCUUUAUUGUGCAAAAAACAAAGACCCCAUCUUGCUGCUUUUAAUAUUCAGUUUUCUUUGGCUUGGAUUCUUGAAGUAAUGUGGGUUGUUCAUAGUUCGGAAUUCUGUAAACAAACGCAGCAUUUUUGCCUUCAGUAAAGUAUAAAGAAAACACUAAAACAAGGUGCUUGAACAGCAGCUCUUUGCCCUGCAGUUCUAAGUUUGAAACGUUUGACAAGCCAGGCCCUAGGUAAGUCAGAUGGUCACUCAAGCAAGUAGUCCUUACUCAGCUGAGUCAUCCUGCUUAUUUUAAUGGGGCUACUUGUGCAAGCUGUGGGCUGCUCAUCUGAGUAAGGGUUUGCGAAAUCAGCCCAUUAGGACUUGUUUUUGCCAGAAAACGAGGGUUAGAACCUGACCUCGAGGAGUUGUCUUGAACAUGUUAAACACCCUGUGGUUGCAUAAACCAGGACAGCUCGUGUUUUUAACAUUUUCAGUUGGUCGUGGUAGAUUUCUACUGAAACCAGGGCGUACCUCUGACUAGCAACAACUUGUCCCUGCAUCCACUGACUGCAGUCAUAUAUAACAUUGUGCUAGGGUCCAUGACUCUCAACGCAUGUUCCAAUACUGCCCCAUUUUCUAGUGAAAGGAAGUCCCCUGAUAAUGUACAUGGAAGCAGAAUGUUUAUUGUAUGUACAGUGCUUCCUCAUUCCAAGUUGUCUAGCUUUUCUUUGCUCCAUUCAUGCUGCCAGUUGACCCAUAACAACAGGCUUGGUUUUAAAUACGGUUUUAAAAUGGUAAAAAUUUCCACUUUGUUUCUUUUCCCCUCCCCACCCUGGCUUGAUGAUGUACAGUACAUUCUGCAACUGUCCAUUACUCACUUUUUGUCUUGAUGCAAAGUAGCUGAAGAAAUUGUAAAAGGGGGAAAAGGUUCCUUCUCUUCUUCAUGUUGGAAUGUCACUGGUACCUCAGCUCUGUUUGAUAAUAUAAAACAACAAAAACUCCUUAGCGCUUGAACUAAAUAAAUACCUGUCUCAUUGGAA